AAAAUAGGACCGUUUGCACAUAGUAUGUUUUCAGUCCGGCGGAAUUUUUAUGAAACACAUAGCACACCAGCGCCGCUAAAAAAAUUGUGUUACUGACAGAUUUAUCUGUCUUGUAAAGCAGAAAUAUGUCUAUAUUUACACCAACAAACCAAAUCCGACUCACAAAUGUGGCGGUGGUGAGAAUGAAAAAGGGAGGAAAACGAUUUGAAAUCGCCUGCUACAAAAAUAAAGUGAUGAGCUGGAGAUCUGGAGCAGAGAAGGACCUGGAUGAAGUGCUGCAGACCAGCUCUGUUUUCAAUAAUGUUUCAAAGGGUCAGGUUGCCAAGAAAGAUGAUCUGUCAAAAGCCUUUGGAACAGAUGACCUGACAGAGAUUUGUAAACAAAUUUUAGCUAAAGGAGAAUUGCAAGUUUCAGACAAGGAGAGGCAGAGCCAGUUGGAGACGAGUUUCAGAGACAUUGCGACCAUCGUGGCAGAGAAGUGUGUGAACCCAGAGACCAAGCGACCAUACACGGUCAACCUCAUAGAGAGGGCCAUGAAGGAUAUCCACUACUCUGUCAAGGCCAACAAAAGCACCAAGCAGCAGGCUCUGGAGGUGAUUAGGCAGCUGAAAGAGUCCAUAGAGAUCCAGAGGGCCCACAUGAGGCUGAGGCUGGUCCUGCCGGCCAAAGACGGCAAGAGGCUGAAGGAGAAACUCAAACCCCUCCUCAAGGUGGUGGAAAGUGAAGACUUUGACGACCAGCUGGAGAUGGUGUGUCUGGUGGACCCAGGCUGCUUCAGGGAGAUAGAUGAGUUGAUCCGCUGUGAGACGAAAGGCAAAGGUUCCCUGGAGGUGCUCAGUCUGAAGGAUGUGGAAGAGGGAGACGAGCGGCUGGAAUAGCCUUCACACAGAGCCCUAUAGGACUACAUACAUACACAUUAUCUUACCACCACCGCUGCCACACAAACUGCAAACCCCUCAUUAAAGAGGCCACUGUUUCUAAUACCAAUGGAGCCCUUCUUAUUUCCAGUGUCUGUUCUAAUAUUAGUUUUGGUUGAAGAUCUGAUAACAUUCAGUAUUUUUGCUGUGAGCAUGCACCACUCGAAUGUUUGCUUGUCAACAAAAAAUACUAUAAUUUAAUGAAGUUUAUUUUGUGAGUCAACUUCUUCUAAAGUAAUUCAUAUUGCUUUGACCAUGCCUUUUAUUUUACCCAGUUUACCAUUUCGCCAUGUUUGAAAAGGCAUAUUUUGUUAUGAAUAGUUUAUUUAACCCCUUAAUUUAUAUAUGUUUCUUCAUAAUUAAAUAUGUGUCUUAUAAACAAUUGCAAAUAAAAACUUAAUCUAUUU